UCAAAACCACAAAUCUCACAUACUUUGACCACCAAGAGCCUGCCAUCACAAAGUCUCUCUCUCUCUCUCCUCUUUAGGCUAUAGCUACCCCACUGUGAUAUUUUGCUGGUGAAACCACAUAUCUACCAGAAGCAGCCUCUCCUUUUAUAGGAGAAAAAGGCUAGAGAACUAUCCUUUUCUUUUUUUCCUUCUCUCUCUUCUUUUUCUCUUUCUCUUGAAACCCUAAUACUUGAUCCUUUUCACAAUCUGUAGUGGUAAUCCAAAACCCAGGACAAAGAAAGAGGCAAGAGACAUAGCAAAGACUUCUCUCACCCUCUCAAGUCCCAAACAGAGUAACUUGUAUUCACAACCUCUCUCUGCACCAAGUAUAUUAAAUGCAUGAUCAUCCGUGGUCUGUUUAUUCCCUUGUUUACGUAACACCCUUUUGUGCAAACACAGAUUAAGUAAAAGUGAUUCAAGCACUGUGUGCCAGUUGCAGUACUCUUGCAGAGAGAGAGCCUUAAAGACGUGUGUGGGAGGAAGCACUUUCUGAAGAAAACUAGCUUGUCUUUCCACAACCAGAAAAAAUCUCUCUCUCUCUUUGUCUCGCUCCCAUACCUCAUUCUGUAACUAUAGCUACCACAGUACCCUCUUAAAUGCACACUUGUUGUUCUAUGUGCAAGUAAUCAGAAUCUCUCUUCACUUUGUCUCCCUCACGUCUUUCCAUUUUCUGCUCUCAUGGAUUCGGCAAACACCAGCGGGAGCUUGCAAUCCUCAAGCGGCGCUGAUGAAGAGUACGAUUCACGCGCAGAAUCAUCACAACUCUCUAUGUUCUUAACCAACCAACCUCAACCACAACCACCACCAAGCCAAGUUGCUCCCUUUAUUCCACCACCACAUCAACAACUACAACACCACCAAAACACCCACAUGUUCGACCCUUUAUCAAACUACUUGGAUCCGAUCCCACAAAGUUCAACAUCACUGUUAAACCUUGACGUGAUGUGGUCGAAACAAGUGAGAUCCGAACCAAACCAAACGGAUCUUGUUAGCUUGAUACCUCAUAACCAAGCUUUUGUGUCAAGUCAAACACGAGGGAACAAUAGUGGUGCUUUUCCUACUUUGCCUCCAGAGAGUGGUUCCCGAGGACUAAUGCUUUCAGUGUCAGCCGCAAACAAUGAUCAAAUUCAAACCCACACCAACAACUGCAGCAGCAACAUGGUUCGAAACCCGAAGAAACGGUCAAGAGCUUCUAGGCGUGCACCUACCACUGUGCUAACCACAGACACCACCAAUUUCCGAGCCAUGGUUCAGGAAUUUACUGGCAUCCCAGCACAACCCUUCACAUCCUCCUCUUUCCCGAGAACCAGGUUGGAUCUCUUUGCUUCCGCCGCAACACCAACUUUGAUGAGAUCCAACGUUAACGUUAACCCUUUGGACCCUCCAACACAACCUCCUUAUCUUCUUCGCCCCUUUGCACAAAAACUCCAACUUCGAAGUCUUCACCCGUUUCCCCCCUCCUUUUCCAAUACCUUCUUACCUCCUUCAACAAACUCUUCCACUAAUUCAACUUCCAUUAAUUACCAACAACAACAACAACUAUCUGAACAUUUCGGCUUUGUGAAACAGCCUCUCAACUUUAACAACACAACCCCAGACAAUAGUACUCUCGAAGCAUAUCAUCAGCUCAAGCACCAUCUUGGCAACUCUUCUUCUGUUCUCGUCUCCAGAACACAACAACACCACUCCUUGGAAAUUCCGCCGAAUCUCAAAAAUGGUGUGUUUGAAGAACUGGGACUGAGACACGACCAUGUUAACACCGACCUCGGAUGUCUUCAUCAGAGCAUGGUUUCGUCAACAUCAGUUGGAGUGGGAGCAUUGUCAAGUGGAAACAACAACAACAAUAACUUGAGUAAUGCUACUAAUUCUUCAACGGAAUGGGCCCAGAGAAUGGGCACCAUUACCAACAAUGAUUGCGAUCACGGAGGAGGAGGAGCUCUCAGUGGCACUAUCAACUACAGUGACACUAAUGGCAAAGUACACUACUCAGCUUCUUCAUCGGAUUUUCAUGGAGAGAAGGGGCCAGACUUCACUGUAACUGCAACUAGAACUCAAGGAAUGGUGGAGUCCUGGAUUAAUUGUUCUUCUGAUUAAAGCAUGGGCGACCAAACAGAAUAAGAAGAAAAAAAAAGGAUUGAUGUUUGUGAUUUCAUAAAGUUUAAAGCAACUAAUGGUACUAUAUGCUAGUAUAAUUCUAAUGCAUGAAAGAGAGAAUCUUAAUUGGUAUCCUCAUCUUAACUAUGACCAUCGAAUUAAUUAAUUAAACACUAUUUUUCAUUUUUUUUAACCUUUUUUUCUUCUUUUCAUUGUGUUUCUGUUCCCCUCAAAUUGUGUGUAAAUAAGUAGCAGCUAAUUAACUUCUCUCUCACUCUCUAUUAUUGUUUUCCCCACAAAUUAUCUUGAGUUGUGAAUUUAAUCAUAUACACAAAAGGAUCCUGGUGGUUUCAAAGUGUUUAUCAUAUCACUUUAUGUAUUUUGUGUCUUUACUAUGUCAAUUGGUGUGAGAUUAUAAUAUAUGGAUCUUGGUUUUGACUUGGUA